AUGGAGACAGCCGUACGCCUUCACUUAACAGGCGUCGUCGUCAUACUCUUCGCCGUUACUUUUGCCUCCGUCAGGGCCUGUCCGCCUUCGGACCUGGCCGCCCUUCUCGCAAUCAAAGCGGCGCUCCACGAGCCUCAUUUCGGGAUUUUCAACUCCUGGACCGGCACCGACUGCUGCCACAACUGGCACGGCAUCAGCUGCGACCCGGAGACCGGUCGGGUCGCCGACAUAAACCUCCGGGGCGAGGCCGAAGACCCGAUUUACGAGAAGAAUCACCGAACCGGGUACAUGACCGGGACCAUCUCUCCCGCCAUCUGCCGCCUGACCCGGCUCUCCAGCCUCACCAUCGCCGAUUGGAAGGGAAUCUCCGGCGAGAUUCCGAAAUGUAUCACGACGCUGCCGUUCCUCCGAAUCUUCGACCUCAUCGGAAACAAAAUCUCUGGCCAGAUUCCGGCUGGUAUCGGCCGGCUCCACCGGCUCACAGUCCUCAACUUCGCCGACAACCUCAUCUCAGGCCCAAUCCCGACCUCACUCACCAACCUUUCCAGCCUCAUGCACCUCGACCUCCGAAACAACAAAAUUUCGGGGGUGCUGCCCCGAGAUUUCGGCAGACUCGGCAUGUUGAGCCGGGCCUUGCUGAGCCGAAACCUCAUAGGCGGUACAAUCCCGAGUUCGAUUUCUCAAAUUUACCGCCUCGCGGAUCUGGAUCUUUCCUUGAAUCAGAUUUCAGGUCCGAUCCCACCUACAAUCGGCAAAAUGGCGGUUCUCGCGACGCUAAAUCUUGAUUCCAACAAAAUAUCGGGUCGUAUACCGCCGAGUUUGCUUGUCUCGGGCAUUAGCAACUUGAAUUUGAGCAAGAACUUUCUCGAUGGUAUUAUACCGGAUGUUUUUGGGCCGAGAUCUUACUUCACCGCGAUCGAUUUAUCGUUCAACAAUUUGAGGGGCAAUCUCCCGAAAUCUAUAAUUUCGGCUUCGUAUAUCGGGCACUUGGAUUUGAGCCAUAACCACUUGUGUGGGAGAAUUCCGGCCGGGUCUCCGUUCGAUCACCUCGAAGCGUCGUCGUUUACUUACAACGAUUGUCUUUGCGGGAAGCCACUAAAGUCUGCUAAAGAAAAAUGCUUAAGAUUAGAUUGUGAAGGUGUUUGUAUUAUUGAGAGAGAGAGAGAGAGAGAGAGAGAGUUAAUUAAUUGUGUGUUUACCGCUUAA